AUGGCGCUGCGGGGAAUCUGUGUCGUGGAGAUGGCCGGCCUGGCCCCAGGCCCGUUCUGCGGGAUGGUCCUAGCGGACUUCGGGGCGCAGGUGGUGCGUGUGGACCGGCCCGGCAGCCGCGGCGACGUGAGCCACUUGUCUCGGGGCAAGCGCUCUCUAGUUGUGGACGUGAAGCGGCCGGAAGGCGCGGCGGUGGUGCGGCGUCUGUGCUCCCGGGCCGACGUGGUGCUGGAGCCGUUCCGCCGUGGGGUCAUGGAGAAGCUCCAGCUGGGCCCAGAGCUGCUGCAGCGGGAGAAUCCACAGCUCAUCUAUGCCAGGUUGAGUGGGUUUGGCCAGUCAGGAAGGCUCUCGGGAGCAGCAGGGCACGACAUCAACUUUUUGGCUUUGUCAGGUGUUCUGUCAAAAAUUGGCAGAAGCGGUGAGAAUCCGUAUGCCCCUCUGAACCUCCUGGCUGACUUUGGUGGCGGUGGCCUCAUGUGCACUCUGGGCAUCAUUAUGGCCCUUUACGAACGCACACGCUCGGGCAAAGGUCAGGUCAUCGAUGCCAACAUGGUGGAAGGGACAGCAUAUUUAAGUUCUUUUCUGUGGAAAUCUCACAAAUCUGGGUUGUGGGAAAAGCCUCGAGGCCAGAACCUGUUAGAUGGCGGAGCCCCUUUCUAUACAACUUACCAGACGGCUGAUGGGGAGUUUAUGGCCGUUGGAGCAAUAGAACCCCAGUUCUAUGAGCUGCUGGUCAAAGGGCUUGGGCUAAAUUCUGCUGAACUUCCUGAUCAGAUGAGCGUGAAUAAUUGGCCAGAAAUGAAGACAAAAUUUGCUGCUGCAUUUGCGAAGAAGACAAAGGCUGAGUGGUGUCAGAUAUUCGAUGGCACAGAUGCCUGUGUAACCCCUGUGCUGACACUUGAGGAAGUUGCCCGUCACGAUCACCACAGAGAGAGGGGCUCACUUAUCACUGAUGAGGAGCAGGGUGAGAGUCCCCGCCCUGCACCUCUGCUAUCACGCACCCCCGCUGUUCCUUCUUUCCAAAGGGAUCCUUUCGUAGGAGAACACACGGAAGAGAUACUUAAGGAGUUUGGGUUCAGCAAGGAGGAGAUUGCUCAUCUUAACUCAGCUAACAUUAUUGGAAGUUAUAAACAAAGAGCUAGUCUCUAA